AUGGAAAGCAUCGAAGAAUCAAAGGGCGAGGUCAACUCACCUUUCUUGAUCCCCGGCCUCAAGUUCUUUGCAGACCCCGAGUCAGACACUCGUCCUGGAAAUUUAUUUUCGGAGAAACUCCACUGCGACUAUCAUAGCAAUCCAGAGACUGAAUAUCAUAUCCCUUUUGCGCCUAUCGGGGACCCUGGAAACAGGAGACUGAAAGUCAUUACGAUCGGUGCUGGGCUGGCGGGUGUUAUGCUAGCUUACAAUAUUGAGAAGCAUUGCCCUAAUGUCGAACAUGUGAUAUAUGAGAAGAAUCCAACUGUGGGAGGGACCUGGUACCAGAACCGAUACCCCAAUGCCGCAUGCGACUCCCCUACUUGCACAUAUCAGUUCAACUUUGCAGUUGACCCGGAGUGGGAGAAGUUCCUGUCAGGAUCAGAGUAUCUACGCGAUUAUGUGGCCAAGGUCGUCAAGAAGCUCGACCUUGAGAAAUACAUGAUUUUCAACUCGAGAGUAAUCGAAGCCCGAUUCGAUGAUAAAAAAGGCACGUGGGAUGUCAAGAUUGAACAGACAGCGAGUGACGGAAGUCAAAAGACCUUCACCGACGACUGCGACCUUCUCCUAGGUGCAGUAGGUAUCUUGGAUCGCUGGGAGUACCCAAAGAUCCCUGGCCUCGAGUCGUUCAAGGGCCGAGUGGUUCACUCGGCUAAUAGGGCAAAGCAAGACCACCAACCCUUCCCCUCUCCAGUCACAUAUACCGAGGAGGAGAAGGCCCUCUUCAGAAAGGACCAUGGCGCUAUGCUCAAGCACGCAAAAGCCAACGAGAGUGUUUUGAUGAUGACUUUGACUCAAAGGACUCGAAAAUGGAUCAAAGAUGACGAGCUAUUUGACAAGAUUAUUCCCUCCUGGAGCCCAGGCUGUCGUCGAAUCACACCCGGUGACCCUUUCAUGGUAGCUAUUCAAGAACCCAAUGUUGAUGUUCAUUUCACGGGUAUCGCGAGAGUUGACCAAAAUGGAGUCUUUGGUGACGAUGGCACAUACACCGCCUGCGACACCAUCAUAUGUGCGACUGGUUUUGAUGUGUCUUAUCGACCUCCUUUCCCGUUGAUCGGGUUGGACAACUACGACCUUCGCAAAGAGUGGCAUACUGUUCCAGAGGGCUACAUGAGUCUGAUGGCGCCCAGGAUACCGAAUUACAUGAUGUAUCUCGGUCCAAACUGUCCAGUAGAGAAUGGAAGCAUCACCGGACUCUUGGAAGCAAUCGCCAGCUACACCGUCAAAGUAAUCAAGAAGAUGCAGCGAGACAACAUCAAGUAUUUCGUCCCUCGCCAGGACGUAACCGAUGAGUUCAACGACCACGCUCAAUCCUGGUUCAAAGGCACCGUAUGGGAAGAGAGCUGUAACGCGUGGUAUGCUAUUUGGCCAGGAAGUGCUCUUCACUUCCGAGACGCCAUCCAAGAUCCCCGCUGGGAGGAUAUGGAGAUCAAAUAUCAUUCUGUGAUCGGCGAGCGAGACGGACUCAGAAAUCUUUUGGAGUCUCUUGACUUUACGAUCCGAAGUCAUCUGGACGAGGCCUCUGCGAAAAAGCCCUUGCCGUCCUCUGCGAUUCGCAAAGAUGGCGGAGCGCAGUCUUUGCAAAGCCGGCUAGAUGUGCCAGACUUGCAAGAAAUCCCUGGGAAUGAGGCUUUCGACACCGCUGCAUCAAUGAACAGCAGCGACGAAGUUCAGGCCUGGCAUGAUCCAGAGUAUCUAGAUUUAGAUUCUUCUCUAUUCCAACUACCUCCUCUAUUCCCGGACUUUCUCAGCACCAUCGUACCCCAGAUUGGUCUACCAAAAUGCGAGUGUAUGCUCGGGGCAUCCGACGAUACGGGCACGACGGUCAGCAUUUGGCGCCAGCUCAACCAUCUCCACCAGUCAUUGGCCAACAUAGACCUAGCAGCGGAAGACCGAGAGAGCGAAGAUUCCAUCAUUCGCGCCGUGCUACGAGCUUUCAGGGUUGGAAUCUACCCCCACCGAUCGACUGGCCAUAUUGAGCUUGAUACGCCUUAUGCUAGUGAGCCAAAGGAGUCCAAGAAAAGCCGCGCUACCGCGUUGGCUCCAGGCCAGGUCCACGUCCACUAA